CAAUUUUUUCUCGGAAGCAAACACACCUAAGAGUCCUCUUCUUCUUUAGUAUAUUUUUUUAUCAACAAAAUUUAGGGUUUAUAGGGAGAGAAGGAGUAGGUAAAAGGUAUGACAAAGAAAGUUUUUCCAUUUUUGUUUUUGCAAUUUUAAACGUUGUUGGUCUGAAAAAAAAACCUAAACGGGCCGGUUAAAAAAGCCCAUGACCCAGUUUACCAGAGAAACUUAACCCUAAGCCCUAAAAAUCCAAUAUUGUUUGUCUCGUGGUUUUUCUUCAAUCGUUUGUUUGAGAAAUGGGAAGCGAAGAAGAGAGUGCAGAGUUCUACUUGAGAUACUACGUUGGACACAAGGGCAAAUUCGGUCACGAAUUUUUGGAGUUCGAAUUCAGACCCGAUGGUAAGCUUCGAUAUGCUAACAAUUCCAAUUACAAAAACGACACCAUCAUUCGCAAGGAAGUUUAUCUUACUCCCGCCGUCCUUCGCGAGUGUCGUCGUAUUAUUUCUGAUAGCGAGAUUAUGAAGGAAGAUGAUAACAACUGGCCAGAACCAGACCGGGUAGGGCGCCAGGAGCUUGAGAUUGUGAUGGGGAAUGAGCAUAUCUCCUUCACCACAUCCAAGAUUGGGUCACUUGUGGAUGUUCAAAGCAGUGCAGAUCCUGAAGGGCUUCGCAUCUUUUACUAUCUUGUUCAGGAUUUGAAGUGCUUUGUUUUCUCUCUUAUUUCGCUUCACUUCAAGAUCAAGCCAAUAUGAGAUGUUCACAAUUAAUUUUGUUUGUCCUCUUGGAAAUGUGCACAUCUGUCCCUUCUUGCUAAUGACGUUUGACAAUCUAUAUUGGUGAUGAACUGGAAAAUCUGAUUUGAGUGGAUAAUGUUCGUGCUAAAUCGUUGCUUUUUAUAUGUAUGGUUUUGGCUAUUCUUUCUCUUUCACGUGCUUUCAUCAUGGUUGGAGAAUGAAUUGUGACAUUGAGAGUUGCAUGCUGUAUGUAUGGAAUGUGCACAUACUAGAAUUUCAGGAUUUCUUUGACUACAAAUUAUGCUCUCGUCAAGUAGUGGUGAAUGAUAUUUUUCAUACUUUCGUA